AUGGGGAGGGGAGCGGCGCCAGAAGCAGCUGCGCGCCCCGCCCCGCGGGCUCCUCCCCGCCGCCGCGGCCCCUUAGCUGCUGCCCCGAUGCGCUGUGCCCGAAGCCCGGACCCAGUAGUCACCAGAGCAGUUGGGGCACCCGGGCUGUCGCCGCCGCUGCCCACACCCCUCGCGGACCCCAUUGGCCGCAUGGAGUCUCCCGAGGGCGCUGGUCUGGGAGAGAUCGUUAAGGACGUCAAGGUACCACAGGCUGCCCUGAGUGUUCCAGUUCAUGAGACGGGGGACACGUGCCAUACACCUGUGGCAGAGGAGGAGGAGGUGGUUGGCAUCCCAAUACCAGCACCAGGGCUCCUGCAGGUCACGGAGAGGAGGCAGCCUCUGAGCAGCGUCUCCUCUCUGGAGGUCCACUUCGAUCUCCUGGACCUUACUGAGCUGACCGACAUGUCUGACCAGGAGUUGGCCGAGGUCUUUGCGGACUCCGAUGACGAAAACCUUGCCACUGAGUCCCCAGCAGGUCUGCACCCACUAUCUCGGGCCAGCUGCCUACGCUCACCAUCCUGGACGAAAACAAGGGCGGAGCAGAACCGUGAGAAACAGCCCCCCGGUGACCCAGAGCGGCAAGGGACAAUUGUGGACACAUUCCUCACUGUGGAGGAGCCCAAGGAAGAUUAGCCGGUCUCCUCCUGCUCCGCUGUUGCUGAAGGACUGGGCCGGACUACCAUAAUGGCACCGUGGGACAGCACUGGCACAAGAGGCACUCUGCCAACUCCAGCCAUCACCCCUGACACCGUGUCAAAGUCCGGGUGCCAGGCUUAGGCCCCUGGAUGCUCUAGCACAAGCACAGCCCGGUGGCCUUCAGUCCGGCUGGUUCCUGAACACUGCAUCAGGGAUGACACUGAACAGAGUCUCUGCCUCGGCAUGAGAGAAGGGACUGACAGCAGCGACCUGGGUCUUGUCAAACCUGUCUCUCAGACAAGGCUUUCUGUCUCUUGAGAUUCCAAAUAGGUUCAAAGUAAGGGACCCAAGCCCACGAGAGCUGCCAAGGAAUCCGUAGGGUUUAUCUCUGACAUCGGUGAGCUCGAAAGCCCAGAGUAGAUUUGGUGGUAGGUCAAGGGCUGGCUCUGCUGUCCAGCCAAGUGGCAGUGGUGGGUGUUACUUUCCUAAGAUUUCCACCUUGACUUAAAAUUUUACACCCUUCCUCUGCCCUCAGUUGGCAUCACUGUUUGCAGUCUCCGCCCCAGGCCCGCUCUGCCUGUUCCGUGGGCGUGACAGUUCAAAAGCUGCCCCAUGUCUUCCUUAGUUCAGAACAUCCAACCUCAGUGACGACUCCCAGGUUGCUCGGAAGGACAGAGUGCCACCUCCCCAGUCCUGUACCUGUCAAAGGGGCACACUGUGGAUCUAUGGGAGCAGCUGAGGGGUGACAGGAACAACCUAGCCACCCACUGUGCUGUGAGAUGCUAGGCACUCAGUUUAGACUCUCAACGUUCCUUUCAUGUGCACAAAGACAAACACACUGGCUGCUCUGACCACGAAUCAAAGACUGUUUUGAAAUAAAGGUUUACUUUUUGUCCCCAGGCUGACCUGCCCGCUGCCCACCAUCUUCUAAAGAGGACAAGGCGUUUGAUUUUCAUUUGCAGUGAAUGCUACCGGGGAGAAAAUGCCCUGGGCUUCUGCCGGGGGCGGGAGCUACAUCCAGGAGGCUCCUCUCCAGAGCACCCCUGCCUCUGCACUGCUGACCCCCAAAUGUGGGUUAUUUCUGCCUGUCUCCCGAAAUGAAAACCAACCCUGGCUUCCAGAGGAUACAACCCAGCAGCUGCCUUUUCAUCUCCAGGUAGCUGUGUAGCCUUGGCCACACUCCAGCCUGUCGGAGUCUUACCCUCACCAUCCACCCUUCCUGCUGCAGCUUCCACAGGGCACAGUUACAGAGUGGGAUUAAAGUAUGCCCGUCAUCUUUGGACCUCUGGUCCCUCUAGAUGGCAUCAAAGUGCCACGGGAGCUCUGCUGUGCGAUCCCAGGCUAUGCUUAUUUGGGUUGCAUUUUGGGGACAAGUGCCCUGGAUUUCUAGCCCCUAAGUUAAUACAACACAAAGAAUCACUAAGAAAAUCCUGCCAAGUCUUCCAGUCAGCAGAGGUGGUCGGAGUCGAAGGAGCGCUCUGCCCAGAAGCCACAGGGAAGCCCAAACCUUGCUACUUUACCACUGAAAUGAGGUGAACAUAGAAACCAGCCAGGCCUGACUACCUUCCGGAGGCUCGGGGCAGCCAGGUCUACCGUGUGUAUUUCAUGGGAAUGGUGUGCUUUCUGGAAAAUUCUAAGCACCCCUACAUCUGUCCCUUUUCUUAGAGGGAGGUGGCAGAGACCAGGGCCACCUUUACUGCUCUUGCUGACCUCCAGCACUCUCAGGUUAGCACAGCAGGGGGGACAGCGGCAGCAAGGGGUUCCCAGAUCUGCUGUCUAGAAAUGCUGCGACACACCCAUGAGUCAUGUAAAAUAGACGAGAGAGAUUCCAUUGGUGAGGAGAGCAAGAAGGAGGAUGUUACAGCUCUUUAACCAGCACUUGUGAAAGAAAGUAUGUGAGUGUG